UCUAUACAUAUAUGGUACAAAAAAUGGAGUUUUUGGUAUAGAUAGUCCGAUCACCGGUGAGAUCAGAAGCGCCAUUCGAUUCCGAUUCGAUUCCAUCAAAAAUGGCCGCCAACACUAAUUCUUCUUUGCUUCCGGAGAUUGGACCCGAUGGCCUCCCCAGGGAAGCCUCUGUCAUCGCCUACACCGAAAAGAUAAUUGAGGAAGAGCAGGUUCAAUUAAGGAGAUACAUUGAAGAAAAUUAUACCAAAAUUCGUGAUGUUGAACGGGAGUUGGGAAAUCUUACAUUAGAGAUGAAACUCACGGCUGGACCAAAAAGAGCAGCACUUGAACACAUGAGAAAGAAAAUUGAAAUGUCAACUGAGAGAAUUCGUAUUGGAAAGCUGAAGGAAGAAGAAGCACGAAAGGCGUGGGAGGCAGCAUCAAAGGUUGUAAAGGAUGAGGAAGCAAUUAAGCAGAAGUUAUGUGAAGACUUGAACAAUCUGGUUCAAGAAAGUAGCAACUCUCAAUUUGCUAGACUGGAGGAGUUAAAAAGGCGACUAGAAGCUUUGAACCCAGGCAGAUCAUCCAAUUCUGUCCAUUACGAUGGGAAACCAACGGGACCUGCACAGAAUAGCCCGGCUCAAGAUGCUUCCCCACUUCCUACCUCAUCAGCACCAGCUGCUGUUGAAAGUGUUGCUAAUCAAGGAAAUGGUGGGAACGCUCCGGUCCCAAAUGGCCACAUUCGACAACCUUCUUCUGAGGAUGAAGGAAGAGGGAAGAAGAAAAUCUCAAUACAGGGGAGAGGAAAGGGAAUAGGAGCCAUUCCCAAGGGUAGAGGACCAGGGUGGACUGGGUCUGGGUUUGAUGUGGAUGGUAGAAAUUGAGAUCUCCAUUUCAGAAUCUCUUCUCCAUGUUAAAUCUAUAGGAUGAAGGAUUUUCAGCUGCUGGUCAACUAGGUAAUUGUUUAGUCCAUUUUUUUUUUUUUUAAAUUAAUUUGUUAAAUAUUGAUGUUUUCCCUUUCUUGUAUUCUUCUCAUUAUCUGUAUGUUGAUACAAAGUAUCGCAAUUGAACUGGGCAGGGAACUUUCCUGACUUCUCUCUUCUAUUUACUCCUGAAAGAUAGCAAGAAUUUCAUUU